AUGUCGUAUUGUGAGCGCGCGCUCGAGAAGAAGCUGAGCGAUAAAGAAGCUGCUUUGCAGAGUUUAAUGGCGUAUGGCGCUCGCCGUAGUCCACAGACAGUACGGGAGCUGCAAUUCCGCGUUCGAGGAAAUUAUGAACCUUUGAUCGACCUCGUGAAGCCUGUCGAAGAGCGUUAUCGCAUCGCUGUGGAUGAGGAUUCUGGCGGCGCUCUUUUUCACGUCGUUAUAGAUACAGACGACACCGCCGCUCGAAUCAUGAAAGAGUUGGACGAUUAG